GUGUCAAGCGAAUGAAAGCCGCAGUGUGUGCCUUAGAGGCUGGGGCGUGGGGAGCCGCGGCUGGAGGGCCAGGCUGGCGGUCAUUCCGUCAGCGAACUGCCUCGGAGCUCCUGCUCGGUGUGUGGCCCUGUGGUAGGUACCGAGCCACCAGACGGGGACCCUGCGCUGAAGAAGCCGCAGGGACUUCAAAAAAUGGAAAAGCAGUCCUUGGCAAAUGAAGAUAAAACAAUGUCAGCCAACCUAAAAUACCUUUCCUUGGGAAUUUUGGUCUUUCAGACUACCAGUCUGGUUCUAACGAUGCGUUAUUCUAGGACUUUAAAAGAGGAGGGGCCUCGUUAUCUGUCAUCUACAGCCGUGGUUGUUGCUGAACUUUUGAAGAUAAUGGCCUGCAUUUUAUUAGUCUACAAAGACAGCAAAUGUAGUCUAAGAGCACUGAAUCGAAUACUACAUGAUGAAAUUCUUAAUAAACCUAUGGAAACACUUAAACUUGCUAUUCCAUCAGGGAUAUACACUCUUCAGAAUAAUUUACUUUAUGUGGCACUGUCAAAUCUAGAUGCAGCUACUUAUCAGGUCACAUAUCAGUUGAAAAUUCUUACGACUGCAUUAUUUUCUGUGUCAAUGCUUAGUAAAAAAUUAGGUGUGUACCAGUGGCUCUCCCUAGUAAUUUUGAUGACAGGAGUUGCUUUUGUACAGUGGCCCUCAGAUUCUCAAGAGCUUAAUUCUAAGGAACUUUCAGCUGGCUCACAAUUCGUAGGCCUCAUGGCAGUUCUCACAGCAUGUUUUUCAAGUGGCUUUGCUGGGGUUUACUUUGAGAAAAUCUUAAAAGAAACCAAACAAUCAGUGUGGAUAAGAAACAUUCAACUUGGUUUCUUUGGGAGUAUAUUUGGAUUAAUGGGUGUAUAUGUUUAUGAUGGAGAACUGGUAUCAAAGAAUGGAUUUUUUCAGGGGUAUAACCGGCUGACCUGGAUAGUUGUUGUUCUUCAGGCACUGGGAGGCCUUGUAAUAGCUGCUGUUAUUAAGUAUGCGGAUAACAUUUUAAAAGGAUUUGCAACCUCUCUGUCCAUAAUAUUAUCAACACUGAUAUCUUAUUUUUGGCUACAAGAUUUCGUACCAACCAGGAAUCUCAACAUUAAUCCUGCACAGAGGACUUCUACAGAUUCUAAGAAAAAAAUCAUCAUGCUGAAUCUGAUCAUAAUGUUCAAAUGGUUUGAAAAUAUAAAAGUUUAAGGAUAAAAUAUAUGUAUAUGUAACAAAAUGCCUAUUGCAUCUAGAAAUCAAAACUUGAAAGUAUUUCCAGGGAUUAGAAUAAUUAUUGGAGGAAACUUGAAAUCUGAGUUUAAAAAGAUUUUAUGUUUUUGAUUGCUGCAGAAAUAUCCUAUGCAUUCUUUGCAAGAGCACACAACAAAUGUCAGACAUCAAUUUUGCAAAUUAGAUACAUUUAAUCUUAUUAAAUGUUUUUUAUCUUACUCCUUCUGUACAGAUAUAUCAAAUAACAUAGAUAUUCAAAGUUUGAAAAUUAUAAUUACCUAUAAAGCUGUGAAGAAAUAGAAGGAUGAUUUGAAAAACAUUUUCAUGUAUCUCAGAUUUUUAUAUUUAUACAGAAGAUUACUAAACAAAGGAUUGCUAUAUGUUGCAAAUGUUCAACUGCAAAAAAUUGAUAAAGUAACAUUCUGGGUCUGAUUUGUCAGACAAUAAAAUUCAUAUUUAAAUUUAAUGUAUGGAAAUAUACACAUCUAUUUCUCCAUCUACAUUUUAAGAUCUUUUAGUGCUUCAGAACUGCUGGAAGCAAGCAAUCCAGUUGUUCCUGUGUUAGAUAGUAGCCAGUUACUUUUACACUAAUGGAGCUUUGUCCUUAAUCUCUUAAUUGUAUUUCUUUUCUGUAAAUCAGAUAAAUCCUUAAUAUUACUUUAAAAUAAAUUUCUGUGUGUGUUAAUUUCCA